AUGAUACAGCCUACUAGCCAUGAUGACGAGGAGGAGGAUGUUGAGUUGCGUCCUGAUACACCGGCUGCUAUAUCAAUAAUGCAAACAACCCCGAACGCACCACCACUCUCAGCAGUCGCCGCUAGAAAGCGGCCUACGGUCACUUCUAGUGAUGAGGAAGAUUCUGAUGCCGAUGGAUUUGCGAACCCGGAGGAGAACCUAUCAUUAUCCUUCCCUGAUACGCAGCAUCGUGUAUCAGGUAGGAUACGGAAGAAGUCGAGACUACUGGAUGGGUAUAUAGUUUGA